AUGUCUAUAGAGAAGAUCCCCAUGGAUGGGAUCCCCAUGGAGGGGAUCUCUGUGGACCAGAUGUCCAUGGCUGAUGGUGGCUCCACCGGCUUUCGGCUUCCCGACGCGCCGAGCCGGCCCCGUUCUUCUCCUCUGGCAGGAAUGGCUCGUGAUGGCCACAGGUCCUUCAGCUUCAUCCCCAUCUUCAUCCUCGCAGCCGGAUUGCUGCUGACCACCUCGCCACCGGCGCAAGCUCAGGUGAAGGGCAACGAAGGCAACGAGCUGCCGGAGGACGAGUCCCGUAUCAUCGGUGGAAGACCCUGCUCCAUCAACCAAAGACCUUUCCAAGUUGCCCUCAUCAAGAGAGGUCAAAUCCUGUGUGGAGGAAGCUUGAUAGAUGCCCAAUGGGUCCUGACAGCUGCCCACUGCAGGCAACCAAUCAGGGACCUCAGGGUGUUAAUCGGGACGGACACGUUACGGGAUGGAACGGGGGAAGUGAGGUUGAUUUCAAGGGUCCUGGUCCAUCCGGCCUACAACCCCCGGAGGAAUGACAAUGACUUCAUGCUCCUGAGGUUGAACAAACCCAUUCAGUUCAGCAACAGCAUCAAGAAGAUCAGAUUAGCCACGAGGUGUCCCAUGGACGGGAUGAGGUGCGGCGUCUCUGGCUGGGGCACCACCAAGUCCCCUGGAGCAAAGCUGCCCAAAAAUUUGCAGUGUGCCGCCAUCCAAACUUUCGGGCAGGACAAGUGCGCCAGGGCGUACGGGAACGCCAUCACCCCCAACAUGUUCUGCGCCGGCGUCCCCCAGGGGGGCAUCGAUUCCUGCCAGGGUGACUCAGGGGGUCCGCUGGUGUGUAACGGGGUGCUGCAAGGCGUGGUCUCCUGGGGCAUGGCCGUCUGCGGGCGACGUGGACAACCCGGCGUCUACUCCAACGUCUGCCGAGCCGUUCCCUGGAUCAGGAGAUACAUCGGGAGACAGUGA